AUUAAUCAUGUUCGCCUGUGCAAAGCUCGCCGCCGGCUCGCCUGCGUUGAUGCGUGCGGGGUCAAGAAUCCUGUACAGACCAAUUUCUGCCUCGGUGUUGUCUAGGCUGGAAACCAGGACUGGCGAGGGCAACACGACUUUCCUUACUGGACCUCAGGAUACCAGCAGUCAGUUAGCACUAAGGAAGUUUCAAACUAGUGCUGUCAGCAGGGACAUAGACACGGCUGCCAAAUUUAUUGGUGCUGGUGCUGCUACAGUAGGAGUGGCUGGUUCUGGUGCUGGUAUCGGAACAGUCUUUGGGAGUCUAAUCAUAGGCUAUGCCAGAAAUCCUUCUCUGAAGCAGCAGUUAUUCUCGUAUGCUAUUUUGGGAUUUGCCCUCUCAGAAGCUAUGGGUCUGUUCUGUCUGAUGGUUGCUUUCCUGAUCCUGUUCGCCAUGUGAAGAGAACUGCUGAACCUCUGGCAUUAGUGAACUACCAAUGUGAUUCUGUGUACUCGGGCUCAGAAAUUGUUUAUCAUGGAAACGUAUGCUACGUCCAAAGCAGUUUAAUUAAAGAUGGUAACGAGUUUAAA